AUGAACUUGUUGAAUAUCUUCUUUUCACGCCUAUGGCUCCUUGCUGUCGCUUCACAGCAUCUUGGCACGUGGAAGGCUUUAGCACAAGGUAUGUUUAUAGUAAACAUAUUUUUCAAUGCAGCAGGCAUCGUGCUUGAAUAUUUAUUAUUUUAGAGAAACAUAAAGUUUGUUAACUCUGUUAUCUCUUCCAUCAUUAACACCUUAGCUUGCCAACAAAUUCACGGCAGUAUUGGGAAAUAAUCCCGUUGAAAGGUCAUUGAAGACUGAAAUGAAUUCAAGUUGUCUCCUUCCGCCAGUUUUCAGCACUCUGAGCACCAAAGACUUUACAGUCUCACGGAUGGUCACCCACAUCUCUAAAGGAUACUUUAUCCGUUUUAACUGCACGCUAAAUCCACAUCCUUUUCUAUUCAAUAGUGGUUUAUAAACGAUGAAAUAAGCGUUACGCUGUCCGGAUUCUUAGAAAAAAGGCAUUUACCUUCCAGUUUUAAUUAAUCUUGUAAGGGAAUUUUUUAAUUAGUCUAAGACAGUCUGCUACAAUGCAUACCUGAAGCGACAAUGUUUUUAUAUUUUCGUUAUAAUUUAUGCAUGUAACAUACUUAAGGCAAUUGACAGACCAUGUAAUGUGCCGUUCAAAAAAAAGGCAAUUCAAUUGGUUAUUCGCCUAUUGCUUAGGAACUGAACCAUACUGCCCAUAGCAUACUUAACGUAAAUUAUUUUGUUGGUAUUUUGAGAGCAUUAGUUUAAGUUGUUCGUGAUGUGUCACCAAGCUCAUUAACUGUUUAUAAAUCCAAAUGUUCUUAGCACAAUGUCAUAUGCUUAUAUUGAGUCUUUUUUGUCGGCCUGAUAAAAAAAAAGGAAUCAUUCUUAUCCAUGUUAGACAAAUAAAGAGUCAUCCUAUCUUAAAUUUGGCGCUUUUUACGGGAGUUAGGUAGUUAUUUAGGAGGAUAGCGAUGUAUCAAAUCUCGUUGAACAGUAGAAGCAAUAGUUUUGUUUGCUUGAAACAUGAAAUGUAAAAUACCUUAAACAUUUUACAAAAAGGCUUUUAUCAUACACAAUUUGCACAGAGGAAGAUAAAAUAAACUGAAUCCUAUGUUAAUCAGCCUUAGCGGAGCUUUUUAGAAAAACAGUUAUUAGCCAGCAGAUAAUCUCAGCUAAUGCCAAAAUCUAAAAUUUAUAAUAUCUGAAAAGGAGGAAGAAAAAACUGGAAAAUUCAAUUGAUUUAUUAGCGCAAGAUGUUUUCAACAUCUUCCCAACUGCAAUUGCCAACUCGAAUUAUUUUGAACUUUCCACUUACAAUAAGAAAUGUCUUUAAUACUUAGUAUUCCUAAGAUAACUUAGAAUAAGGCCCGGGGGCUACUCCCUUAUACAAGCCAUGUAGGUAUGUUCCGCCCCAAAGGGAAUGGUUUUUACGCUGUUUUGGUCUGAAAACGAAUAUAGACUUUGCCCAUUUUGGUCAGGAAUCGGGUAUAGCUUUCGAGAAAACUGCGGGAAUGUAUGAACGUAUUUAUCGCUUCAAUUCCAAAUCAAUAAGAAAGAAAGAGAAAUAUGCAAAUUAGAAAGUAUUUUAAGAAAUCUUUUUGUCUACGUUCUAAUCUAAGUAAAUGAUGACAUAAUUUCUUAGAGGCCAGGUCUGAAAACGGGUGUGAAAAAUAACAUUUUUUGGUCUGAAAUAGGGUCAGGAUUUAUAGAAUCGGGUGGCACAACCCCACUAAAAAUUCCCAGGGGCACCCCCCCCCCCCCACCCUAGGAAUAAGGUGAUAUUUUUUGCAGUUGCAGUUUUACCGCCAUUCUGGGCGGUUCAAAGGAAUAACGAACACUAUUUCCGCGGUCAGUUCGGCAAUAAAAAGCGACAAAAAAGGACGUAAUCGCGGCAGAUACUAUAAUAAACCGCUAGACUCUUAUUCUUAACCUUACUAACCACAUACUUAAUAUAUAUAAUACCUCGGUGAUGAUCAAUAAAAAAUCACGUGACUUUGUUGAAGUGAAAUUGAAAAGUUUUCUAUGAUCAUUUUCUAUGGAACUCCACCUGUGAAAACUAGACAUUCGGCCCAUGCGAAAUCCAGCGAUAUUUUAGUUUUGUUAGCUGGCCACUAAAAUUUAAAGUGACAGUAGACAUCUGCGUUUCUUACUAAACAUGUCCUUUGCAUCAGUGUUCGUAAAAUACAGACGGCGUCAAUAUGAAACUUGGCCUUCUGAAGAAUUAAGAGUCUUAAAUUGAGAAAUAAAGCGAUAAAGUUUAAACAGAUUUGGUCUCCCAUGCGUCUCUUGCAUAACUGAUGUCAAGUUCAUGAAAAUUGUGGUGUCUUAAGAGCUUCUUGAUGGUAGAGUUUUUGAGGAUUACUGUCUCUUUAUCAUGGCCAAAUAAAAUGCUUGUAUGCCGGUUUCCUAUAUUUUAGGCAUGACCGUAAAUAGAGGUCAACGGUACCACGUUCAACCCUGUUUGACAUUGGUGUUAAGAAAGUUUAACUUAGUAACAAAUUGUUGUGAUAUGAAGAACAAAUGUACGAUAUCGGUUUUCUUUCGACAGGAAAGCCAUGUGAAGACCAGUUACCUGACUGUUCUGAUUACCUUGAUAAUGAUGAAUGUGAAACCUACAGUGGCCUUACCAGACAGUACUGUGCUAAAUCAUGCAACUACUGUGAGUAGACAAGUUCUGUAGUCUUAUGGAGGAGGGAGCUAGGGCGCUUCCACCAUUGCAAGUGGUCAACUCUAGUCACUUAGGGAUCCAUCUGUCCCUGUAUUGGUUGUGGCUCAAGUCCCCUCCCCCUAUACACUACUUUCUUAACUGCCACAAUUGUUAUUCUCACAGCGUUUUUUUGUGGAGUCAAAAACUGUUGUGUGUUCGCAUCACUUAAAGCAUACCACUGAUGAUUAGUCGUUAGAGAAUGAUGAUCUUCUUAGACGCCAAGUCAGCUGUCUCGUAAAAGUAGUCAAGAUAGUUAAUUCUAACUCUCAUCUUAGCGUAAUUAACAUGGUGCAAAUUAUGUGAUUAUGAUGCUCGCCGACAACGCUAAUUUAAAAUCCUCUAAAAAGAAUGACGACAAACUGUUUUUCCUAAGAGACUUAUUUGUUUUCUUUUCUUUUUUGUUUUCGAAGGUACAACAGCUCCCCCUCCUGGGUCAGGUGAGUACUAUGGCCUGCUUCCUGCAUGACUGAGCUUAUACUCAAGUUUAGUAAAACUGAUAAUGUUAUCACAAAAUUUCCCGAAGAAUCCACUGCCUAUAAUCUACAAAAAAAUUUAUGUACUAUUUUGCAUUCUAAGGCUGUGACUUUCUUUUUUUUUAUUGAAGUUACACAAUAAGAUAAACUAAAGAACUGGCCCCAGCUGUUCAAAAGGUGGAUAACCAGUUUGUGUACCGUAAAGGCCAUAAUAUGACUAUGGCUGUAAUUAAUUGUCAUACUUAACAAUUAAUGAAUGAGGCUGAGUAUCUUAUGAAGAACUUUAUCGGUUUUAUCCGUCGCGGCCGUAGGCCGAGGCGGAUAACACUCUCCGAGAUCUCCAUAAUUCUUCAUAUGAUACGAAAGCCGAAUUCGAUAACUGUUUUAUUAUUCACCCAAAAUAAUUCCUUGUUUAAAAACAAAGCUAAAACAUGCUUACCUCCAUCGAUGUUGAGUUCACUUUCGAUAGUGCACGUUUAGGGUUGUUCAGCUCUGCAAAUAUUCUCCAAUGUCGCCCUUCGAGUUGUCUUCUUGCUGUUCUUGCCAUGUUUUUAGCGAUAAUUUCGCCUAGUGCUUAUUCUAGAAACGAGUGAAAUAUCCGCCAUUUUUUGUUUUCUCAACCAAAACAACUCAACCUCGUCCCCAGGUCUUCUCGAUUAACGGUGCAUUAACCUGCAAGAACGCUGCAUUUUUGACGUCAUUUCCUCGUUUAACACAAAAUUCUUUCAAAUUUGGUCAUCAGUAACUUGUUAUGGUGAAUUAUGCGUGUGCUUUUAGCCAAUCAGAAUCGGGGAAAUAUUUUGAAAGAAUAAUACAUAUACUUGGCUGAAAUGGCUUGAUUCGGGUUUUGAGGGUGUCAGAAUUUUUUUUAAAUUUUUUCGAUAUAUUUUUUCCAUUAACAGUUUGCCAAGACUUGUUAUCAGACUGCGCAGUGUAUAUUGAGUCCUCAUCUCAGUGCCACCAAGCUAAAGAUUUUUUUAUGAAGUACUGUCCAAGAACGUGCGGCUACUGUUGUAAGUUCCUGUAAAAGUCUAUAUGUAAAACUGUAAAAAUUAGACAUCUUCUGGGAUAAGGGCCUCAACUCGUAACAUAAACGUUGGGUGUUUGUGAAGCAUUUCAGUGAAAGAAUCCUAACUUUCCUAAAACUGUGAAAAAAAUCUUAUACACAAUAUAUUUGUUUGUUUGUUUUUUUCGUUCCUUUAUACAAAUAUGGGUUUUAGCCUUUCCUUUCUACAAAACAGUUCGGUGUCAGAAGAUUUUAAAGUAGCAUCCAACAGUUGGAGAAUUAAAACAGCGCCGCUACAACACCUGGGUAGGUUCCAGUCCCUUACUGGAGAAAUGUAUUUUGUGUCGUACAAGAAAGGCCCCUUAUCAAGAAAGUAAAAGAGCCACAAAUAUGAAUUUGAGGAGCCUAUUUAUUUUCAUUUACACUCUUCGUAGAUUAUCUUAAUCGUCUUCUAUAAUCGAAUUCGAUACCUUAUUUAAAAGAAUGAAAGACGUCUAUCUAACGAAAAAAAAAAACAGCUCGAUUCACAGCUACAGACACGUGCAUGCUUUGAGAUGAGAGAACGAUGUUCCUCUUCUAAAAUGCCAUUGAACUCUUACUUGCUCAUCAGCAUGUUACGACAUUCUGCCAGAAUGCGCUUCAUUUAUCACCAGUCCAGAGGAGUGUCGGACAUCAACGUUUUUGACCAAAUAUUGUAGAAUGUCUUGCAGUCUCUGUGGUAAGUGUUUCUUUUUUCUUUUUUUUUUUUACACAAUUAAAGUAUAUUCUAGAUCAACUGCUGCUUCUACAAUUAUGUAACUGCAAGAAACGGUCCAUCAGUAGGCCAUUCCUAAAAUGUGUUGCUGCUUGGGCCCUUUGAUGAUUAUUUUGAUCAUGGAUUUUGUUACUUGAAAACACCUUGACUUACUUUGAGGCACCUAGUAAAGAUAGACUUUUCAUAGUUUUUCACUAAUAAUGAUACUUUUGCUUUUUCAAUUCAAAAAAAAAAGAUUUUUCAACAUCUUCACCCGCUACAUCGUCUUCAACUUUGUUUCCAGCUACACAAUCCUCUUCAACUGAUUUUACCCCAACUCCAAGAUCUUCGUCAACUGAUUCUUCUCCAUCUACUAAAACUAUGUCGACUCAGUCUACGCCAGCUCCAAAAUCUUCGUCUACUGGCAUUACACCAACUCUUAAAACAACGUGGACUAAACCUUCCGCAACUACACUGCCUUUAUUAACCACAGCGGUCGCUACAACGGCACGUACAACUAGAAAGCCGACAACAGGCAACACCCUUCCUCCUGGCCCAAUAGGUAUUUUCUUAAAUACAGUUAACUGUUUUGCACACAUAUUUAGGUAUUGUAUAUAAGAUCUCUUCGAAAGGUAGCAGUAUAGAAGUGAUACACGUCCUACAAAACAAAGCCAUGUUUUGGGGAGCCGCUUAGAAAAAAUUGUCAAAUAUGCUUUAAAACUCAAACUCCUCAGCAGGUUUGUGGCUCACAUAGCACUUAUAUUUCCAGUUCUUUAAAAUUCAAUCACAUGACAUUUUAUUUUGUUUUUCAGGUACAAAUUUCACUUGCCUUUUACUUAUUUCCAUUAAAUAUUGCCAAGAAAUUAUAGCUAACUUGAAUGGUGUGACAGUUUCAGGAUGUGCGGACGUCAAUCCAGAGCAAUGCGCUUCGAUAGUUGCAGACGACCCGCAAUCCUGCAGAAAUAGCGAUCGUCGGGAAUAUAUGGAGACGAACUGUCCUGAGACGUGCAAAUUAUGUGGUAUGAACAAUAAAUGAGUGAACGAAGAAGUUUCAAUUUCAUGUCAAUAUUUAAAAUGUCUGCGUUACACUCGUUACUUCAAAUCGAGUAAAGGUCAUAAACAAAAAUUGUUAUAUUUUUGUAUGUUUACCAAAAAGCAAAGUAUUACAGAGUGAUUCAAAGGAUGGUGAGACAUUUUUAAUAUAUUUUGGCAUGAAAUUAGCAGCGAACAAAGGGGCCCCAAUGUCACAAAGUUUACUUAUUGGCUCCCUUACUGUAAGAGGUGAAGAUUUAUAUAAAUAUAACAAUAAUAAUAAUUCCUUUAUUUACCCUCAGGGGUAUUUAUAGCACUUAUGCUAGUGGGGCCGUGUAAAUGGCUGAAACAAAUAAUUCAACAUACUCAACAUAGCAGGGAUGAAAAUACAAACUAAAUGUAGAGUCAGGGAGUGACGUUUGUAAAGAAACGAUAAAUGCAUGUGUCUCAGAAGUUUAUUUGUGCAAUUAUGCUAAAUAUUUCACUGAUUAGUACUCUUUUCGAUUAGAUGUGGAUCUUUAUUGUGAGGAUAAAAUGCCAAAGGAGUGCAGAGAUCUUAUCACAAGGGACAAGGAAUACUGCAAAACAAAGCCUGAAUUUAUGAAGGAAAAUUGUGCCAGUACAUGUGAAUAUUGCGGUAUGAGAAAACCAGUAAAGACAGAACUUUCAUGUGUUCAGUACAUUCUUUUUACUUGUUGGCACUGGGCGGGAUUUGCAAUGUUAUCUAACAUAUUUUACUUUUCCAUUAUUAAGGGUGUACUGAUGCUUUGGAAAUAUGCUCAGCACUAGUGGAAAAUAACAAAGAUUACUGUUUUUCCAAUCGGCUGUUUAUGAAAACAAACUGUCCAAAGUCAUGUAAUCUGUGCAACGGUAAGAUGUAUCCUAUUUCAUCAUACAAGACAAUGAGGCGAGUUUUUUUUUAACCUAAACAGGGCUUUCAAACACCGGAUCGGUAGGAGAUUAACGCAGUCUAACAAACUUAUGAUCGCUGUUCCUUCUUUCUCUUUACUUAGAGAGCCGCAACGCUUCACGCAAUACAGAGGCAAACGGUAUUUAAGUCAUAACUUAUUUUUUAAUUACUAACAUAACAUUUAAUAAUAAUAACAAUAAUAAUAAAAUUGUAAUUGACAAAAGGCAUGAAAUUAAUGGCUACUAAGUAUUGCUGUAAAAAUAAUAAAUAUUUUAAUUUCAGAAAUGUUAGAUAAUUAGCUGCCUACGUGUUUGCUUGCUGCCAUACUAAGUGUUUCCUUUUGGUUUUUAAAGCGCUCCCUCAAGUUAGCAGAGGGUGGAGAAGUUGAAGGGCUUGGAAUAGAAACAAAUCCCUUGACCUUUAGUUUCCAAAAUGUUAGAACUAUGAAAUACCAAAACUUUCCCUUCAGUUGGCAGAGAGAGAUGAAAAGAGCUAAAAUACCAGCUUGAGGGUCACAACAUAUCAUUGGACUUUGUCCUCAACAACACUAACCUGGUGUUAAAUGAAAUUUAAAUUCAGUUUCGAUGGGUUGUUUUGUAUGUGAAAUUAAAUAUAAAGAAAGGAGAUGCGUUUUCGGGAUCAUAAAAUGCGACUUCAAAAGCUGAACGAACAACAAAUAUGAAGAUUAGUGUAAGAUUCAAAUGAGUAAUUAGUACCAUCUUAACAUAUUUCUUGCGUUAUAGAGGAUGUCUUGCCACCGGCGCCACCAUUUAGGGGUAAGAAAUAAAAGCUGAGAUAUCGUAACUAUUAAGAAACAUUCUAAGAGCAAAAGGACGUUUUCUUCAAAUCAGGUCUAUGACUCCAUGCUGUAAUUACUAGCAAAUGAGAUGAUCAGGAUACUUGCGGCAUGAUUCUGCAAUUUUUAGGGGCACACUAUGCUCCGUCUAAUGCCGUUUUGUUUUUUAAAACAAACGAUCACAUCAUCCUAAGAGUGAAAAGGCAAUUGGUGAAUUAAUGACUAUAGUUGUCAUGAAAUAUUGCCAAUGUGUAGUUCAGUAUAAGAAAUGAAAUACACGCAAUGAAAUUAGAGGGUCUCAAUGUGGUUAACCGUCAGCUGCCAAAAAGGUAAUUUUUUUACCGUCAUCCGUCAAAAAUACAGAUUAAUAUUAACCGUCAAGAAGUUUCCAGGUAUUUCAAAUCUCACCUUUUCAGCUGAUCUUCACGGAAUUUUGGCUUCUGAAGAAUCUUCAACUGGAAAAACCAGUUUCCAUGUUCUCAAAACACUCUCUCUACGUGCUUUAGACAUUAUUAGACGUUACAACUUGCUUAUAUCUGAAAAUAUUUCAAAAUUUCAUAAGUGAAAGGCUAAGACAACCUCAAAAAACUUAAUACAGAAAUUCAUAUUUUCUUAAACUCUUGGACUAAAUUUCCUCUAAAUAACUCUACGCGUCAACCGUCAAAAGCUCUAAAAUUUAACCGUCAACCGUCAAAGCUACCAUACUGCUCUUGUCCGUAGAUUGUGUCGAUAAAAGGAGGAGAUGUCAAAUGUUUGCUGCUAAAAGGAACUAUUGUACUUAUCAAAGACGGUUCAUGAAACGCAACUGUCCAAAAGCAUGCCAGUUCUGUGAAAAGGUAAGGUGACUGUGUAGUUUACAUCGAGAAAACAGUUCACCCUUCUUACAUAUGCCAUUUUUUACGUCGUCCUCAGUAGAACCUUUGAGUAUAUUUGCCAUAUGACUAGUCAACGUUUGCCGUUGUCCACUUUGCUAUUGACUAUAACUUCAUUUUUCGUAUGAAUCAGAAAUUUGGAAACGCCACACAACGUAAAUUAUUAAUUCCUAUAAUACAUUUGAUGAACUAGAUAAAAAGAUAGGAACGGUUUCUAUUAACAAUUUCAGUUUGCAGUGGUGUGGAAAAACAGUACAGUAAGAUAAGCUCGAAAGCGAAAUAAAAGCUUUAUUUGCGCAAGACGCAACCCUAGCGGAUAAGGUUGCGGAGUGGUCUAUGCAGAAUAGAAUCAAACUCAAUAGCGACAAGUGUAAGGAGCUCAGGAUAUGUUUUGUAAAGGAUGAGCCCUAGUUUGCGCCUAUUGUAGUAGAUGGUAAUGAGCUAAAGAAAGUGACUAGUGCUAAACUUCUAGGUCCGACCAUAUCGAGCAACCUUACAUGGAACGAUCAUAUUAGUGACAUUAUCAACCAAGCGUCGAAGCGUAUGUAUUUUUUUGGUGCAGUUAAAGAGAUCGAGAGUUCCUUGGCAGGAUAUGUGCACUUUUUACUCUGCUUGUAUACCGCUCUGUUCUUACGUACGCUACACCCCCCUUUUUUAUGCCCUGCCAAAGUACCUAAAAGAAGAGUUGGUGCGAGUUGAAAAGCGGGCCAGGGGCGUAGCCAGGAUUUUUCAAAGGGGGGGUCACAGAGGCUACUCACCAGAUUGUCAUGUCGACUUCCACGCCCAUAUUAGCUAAAGACAAGAGCCGUUGACGAAAAUACUUCACAAAAAAACAAAUUUUAAAAAAGUGGGCUUUUCAACAAUGGCUUUUACGGCCAAGAUAUUGUCAUGGCGUUUUCGCUACCUGAAUAUUGUAGGUUGUUUGCUCAAAAGAAGGCCUACCAAGGGGGGGUCACGGGCACCCCAGGACCCCCCCCCUAGCUACGCCCCUGCGGGCAAUGUCUAUAAUAUGCCCAGGAUGGCCCCACCAGGAGGCUAUCGAACUGGUGAACAUUGUUCCUACAGUAGAUUUCAUCAAUGGGCUAUGUAGUAAUACUUUCGACACCAUUGUAAAGGACCCUGAACACCGUCUGAACAGUUUAAUACCAUUUAGUGGACCGUCACGUUAUGCUCUAAGGUGCAACUGAUGCUUCAUUGUACCUAAAUGCCAGACAGAUCGUUUUAGGAACAGUUGUAUGAUUAGAUCUUGUAUUGAUAAUAUAUAUAUACGUAGAUUUUUAGACUUUUUAUCAUCUUUUUUAUACUUUCUUAUUUACGGUACCUAGUUUUAUAUACCAUUUUAUCAAUCGCAUCAUUGGUAAAUACGCAAUUCAGCCUUUGGGCUGCAAAGCAUUGAUAAUUAAACUAUCUAUCUAUCCUUCCAAAAACCUUCCCUGCAGCUGUUUAUCUGUUUAAAGAAACGUACCAGACUUCACAGCAGAUGUUCAGCAGCUACUUGUCAUACGAUAGUGUCUGUCCAAACAUGAUGUCAUGGUCUUUAUACUGUGUACACAGUUGUGAAACCAAAAGGAUAACAUUUGACAUUGUACAUCAGUCGAAAGUGCCAUCUCAAAGUGUGCUACAGCGUAUCUAUAAAUUCAUCCACAAAAUACGUUGGGGUGAUGCCCAAGCAUUUCAUAGUGAUACUUAGAGUCGAAGAAGGCGUGUUUUGCGACAAACACUACCAGUUCUUUACAGACGUUUAAGUAAUGUUCUGGCGGAUUUCCAUUGCAUUUGCCCUUUCUGUUCUAGCUGUCUCCACCGUUCAGUCUUGUCUGAAGGUAUGCUUUUCGGGGAUAGUCUGGGUUCCGAUUCUUUUAGAGCUAAAUCAAAACAAACUUUUCAGCUACUGGUACUCGUGAAGAAACAGGUACCUGUUGAUCGCUUCUGCUCUUCAUUUUAUUGUCGGUUUUGCCUCCCGAACAUGAAUCAAAAAUUUUAACUCUGACACGAUUUCAGGCGAAUCUCAACUGUGUUUAGGUAAAAAUCAGGAGGAGACAAUAGUUACUCAUGGCUAUUAACAACGUUAGAAUUGAAAAUCUUAAUAAAGAAGAUUAGAUGAAGAUAUGAGGAAACUUCCUCUGAGUUUUCAUAAACGCAGCUCAAGCAUAUACCGUGGACAAUAUGGAUUAAAGAUGUAUUGUAUUGUAUUUUCCCAGGAGUACAAUUUUUCGAUCAACACUGAAUGGAAUGGUGCCCCAAUCAAUCACGCGCCCAUCGUCUUCCAAAUUAGUGCCCAGGACUCUCGUAAUUUACUCGUAUCUGUCAGUGGACCUUUCUUCAAUGACCCAGGGCCACCACCAUGCGCGGCCGGAAGCGCUUGUUACGGAUUGUGGAACUACGAAGGUAAAAUCCUCGCUGUUUUAAGGCAAAGUUUAAGUGUCAGUACUUCGAGCAGCUUCAAAAAGGUCUGGUUUACAAGAGUGUUUGGAAAAUAUUAAUGGAAGGGCAACAUUUUUUGCUAGGUUAUUUUAAACUGGAUGCAAUUUUCUUGAUCCCGCCAUUUGCAAUUUUCAAGAAAAAGAUAAACGUGAUCAACUUCCAUACCACGCAACUUAAGGAAAGGUUGCUUGUAUAUGACAGUGAAACCAUCGUUGGUAGCUAAAGCCCAACAAAUCAUUGAGGCGUUUUUUAUUAGGGUUCUCAGAAAUGAGACGAGCUAAACACGUUAAAGGAGCUUAUAUUGAUGUCAUUUCAAUAUCAUUUAACCUGUCAUUUUUGAAUUUUCAACCAUAUGCUAUACUUUUGACUAUUUUAGUUGCCGAGGUGUUUUUUCUUGGGAAAAACGAGAAAUACUUGGAAGUCGAGUUGAGCCCGUAAGUCUCUUUUCAGAUUGUCUUAUCUACGUUGGUUUGCAGAUCCAUAUUUCAUUUAUAUCCUAUUAAUAAGUUAAUAAUUGUAUUGUAUCCUGUUUUAAUAUUCGAUCGUUCUGGGAUAAUACUAAUUUAUAUAUAGAAUGCGUUAUAUCAGGUUCGUUUUACACCAUAGUUGGGAAUGACUGUUUUGCAUUCCGCCCAUAGCCAGAGCGAUACUGCGUGGAGAUAUUAAAAUGGCGGUUAUCACAUUUUUGGGUAUAUAAGCAGCCACGCACUAUAAGACACUAUCAAGAUAAAGCAGAAAUGUACAGGUUUUUUUGACUCUCUCCCUCGGAGUCUUCAGCGUUUCAAGUGUGUAAUUAGAAAAUUACAGUAUAAGGAAUAAACCUGUUGUCUGUGCAAAAAACUUGUACGUGAUUUCUCUUCCAAGUGGAUUCGACACAUAUCCAAAUCAAUGACGAAUGUCACUCGUUAAACCGGGCUGUCGCUUAGUAUCAUGCGGGAGUCCUAGUAUAUAUUGAGGUUUCACUGUUUAACAAACUUCAGAUUUAUGACUUUUAUCCUUUUUAGGCAUGGACAACAUUUGCUUCUUUUACUGAAUGGAGUAAGGAAGCCAUUUUUGGUAAGAACACAUGUGGAUCGAGCUUACAGAUUGCUGAAAACGUGUUUAAAAAAACGAUGUUGCGCGUUUUACCACCCACGAAAACAAAUCAAGUUGAUUUGGGUUGCGAAACGUUGUUGCAGAAAGUAGAGAGUAGUUUUACUUUUUGCAACAAAUUUCCGCUACCUGCAACAACCUAAUUUAUUGCAAAACAAGUGAUUCGGGGGGGGGGGUAAAACGGACAACACCGCUUUUCGAUUCAUUUUGCUGCAAUGUUACAAAACAAGUUGCUCAUUUUUGUUGCUUGUUAUAUCGUUGCUUUAAAGCACAGACUGAACAGGGUAAUCUGACACAAGGAGCAAGUCAAAAAGUUUGGAAAAAUCGAACGGAAAAAAGACUCCGAAUAUUAAUUAAGUUGAUUGCUUGUUUUAAAUACUAACCAGUAUUGAAUUAAUAGCUUCUUUCUUUUUAAAUUCAACACAUGGUGUGCAGUGACUUUGACGCCUUUUUGGGUUUUGAUGCGCAAGCUCUUCUCAAUGUACUUUCAAUAUUGACAAGUUCACUUAUUUUCUAAUUUCAUAUUUUUUUCAAACUGGUUUGUAUCUCACUGUCUUAACGAAAAAAGUCGUUUUCUUUCUUAUCUCAGGAUAAGGUGCCUAUAGAGUACACAGCACAAAUUGACCGCACAAAGAACACAUGGAAUGGUACUGCGACAAUUCCGAUGGACUACCUCCCACCACAUGUGGGAAGAAUCAAUGCAUAUGCCAUUCACGGGUCUGGGGUCAAUCGGCGAUACGAGUCAUUAUAUCCUGCAUCGGCUGAUGUCAGCGAUCCUGAUUUGUGAGUGAAAUGAUCGCAUUGUAUCGUAAAUUAUACGAUUAUGCAUUGACUAGUCAAAAGCUUACUGUUUAUCUUUACCACACAAAAAAAACGUUUUCACUUAUCGAUGAGUAUUUAACACUUGCCUGAGAAAGUUAGGGUGUUGAGUUUGGAAACAUUUCGAAGGUUACGAAAAAAUGGAUAGCCAUCGUACGAUGAAAGCUGUUCGUAAAUACUAAAUAAUAAUCAUACUGUCUUAAAAACGAGCACUCGACACAUAGUAAGUUUUGAACUNAUCGGCGAUACGAGUCAUUAUAUCCUGCAUCGGCUGAUGUCAGCGAUCCUGAUUUGUGAGUGAAAUGAUCGCAUUGUAUCGUAAAUUAUACGAUUAUGCAUUGACUAGUCAAAAGCUUACUGUUUAUCUUUUCCACACAAAAAAAACGUUUUCACUUAUCGAUGAGUAUUUAACACUUGCCUAAGAAAGUUAGGGUGUUGAGUUUGGAAACAUUUCGAAGGUUACGAAAAAAUGGAUAGCCAUCGUACGAUGAAAGCUGUUCGUAAAUACUAAAUAAUAAUCAUACUGUCUUAAAAACGAGCACUCGACACAUAGUAAGUUUUGAACUGCUUGUCAUCUAGUAGUCCGAGUGAAAAAAAAGUGCAGCUCUUUCCCUAUUUUUAAUUGUCCGGCGAAUUUCAAACAAACUUCUCAAAUUCGAGUAUCCUCUUCGUCGAAACACUGAGACUUUCAUUUGUCUUAAGGGAAAUUUUAAAAACACUGAUUAGUGGAUGAGGUUUUUGUGAUAUCCGCGAUAAUCAAGGUCGAGGUAAGUGUAAUCAGCCAAGCCGACGGCCGAGGCUUAUAGCAGGCUUACCGAGACCUUGAUUAUUUAGGAUAUCAAAAAAACCGAAUCUAAAAAUUGUUUUAUUAUACGUUGUUUUGAAGAAAAUAACGACAACACACCGUCGCAAGGAACCUAAAUUGAUAUUGGUAUUGGAAAUCAUGAAAUGCGCGCGCAACCUACAGAUUAGUCAGUUAUCUGCUAGCAGAUAACUAACUAAUCUGUAGGUUGCUCUGAUUUCCAAAAUUAGCUGUAGCCAAUGAAAAGACAGAUAGUGAGUAUAAUGUAUAAUAAAAAAGGUUAUUGAUUAAAACAUCUGACAACAUCAAUUGGUAACCCUUCCUCGUGACAUACUCUGGCCGAUGACAGUUUGAUUUCACUGGGCGCGCGGUUGACAAAUAACUAAAAUUGAAUUUUUGGCAAAACAUUCAUCAACUAACUCCCUUGUUAUUUCUUUUUAGCCAUCGCCUGGAAUUUUUCAAGCCAUUUGACUUUAAAGCCAUGUUUUCUUUAUCGUGGGAGAAACCAAAGUCGCCUUUCUGGAAGAACAGUAUUCGAAGAAUCAUGCGAUCAAGAGCAAGAAUUUAAUUCUUGGUUUGCAAGCACGUGACAAGGCGGCCAUGUUGUUGGUCAAUACAAUAAUUUAUUUUCGAUGAAUUUACACGAAAAUGGAGUUAGUUCCUAUUGGAGAGAAAUGC